AUGGCUAAUCCUGAUGGGUACCUCUAUUCGUGGACAUCUAAUCGUCUUUGGCGGAAAAACAGAAGAAUAAAUAGUGGUGGUUGUGAUGGCGUUGAUCUGAACCGCAACUGGGACUUUAAGUUCGGCCUAUUUGCAUCAGACAACCCUUGCAGCGAGGAUUAUCGAGGCUCUGCUGGAUUCUCGGAACCAGAAACCCAAGCCCUCAAAGAUGCCAUGUUGGCAGUUGCAGGAACGUCCAACCUCUUGAUGGUGAUAACCUUUCACAGCUAUGGCCAGUACAUUCUGUACCCUUGGGGAUGGACGACUGAAGAAGCUCCUGACACUCAGAAAAUGAUCGGAAGGGAGAGCUCUGGGCGACUGCCGCCAAGAAAAGAUAUGGGACUGUGGUAUCAAGUGGUCAAUGCGGGAGGCGGUCUGUAUCUAGCUUCUGGAACCACUGAUGAUUGGGCAAAAGGUGUACUACACGUGAACUAUUCCUAUACCGUAGAGCUAAGAGACGAAGGUGCUCAAGGGUUCGUUCUAUCGCCAGAUCAAAUCAAGCCAUGCAGUGAGGAAAUAUGGGAUGGAAUGAAAAUAUUGCUGAGAGCUGUAGGACCAGGGGAACAUAUCUUUCUGUAG